AUGACUAUUCCGGACGAAGUUGAUAUCAUCAUUUGUGGUGGCGGCAGUGCAGGAUGUGUUCCUGCUGGCCGCCUCGCCAAUCUCGACCAUAACCUUUCCGUUCUUCUGAUUGAAGGAGGAGAGGAUAACCUCAACAACCCAUGGGUCUACCGCCCUGGAAUCUACCCGGUCAAUAUGAAGCUUGACUCCAAAACGGCAACGUUCUACAAUUCGCGCCCUUCGGAGCAUUUGGAUGGACGCAAAGCUAUCGUGCCAUGUGCCAACAUCCUUGGUGGUGGUAGCUCUAUCAACUUCAUGAUGUAUACCAGAGCCUCAGCCUCAGACUACGAUGACUUUCAAGCCAAAGGCUGGAAGACUGAGGAGCUACUUCCGCUGAUGAAGAAGUACGAGACCUACCAACGUGCCUCUAGUAACCGCGACCUGCAUGGAUUUGGGGGUCCUAUCAAGGUGUCAUUCGGGAACUACACCUAUCCCAUCGCCCAAGACUUCUUGCGUGCUACUGAAACUCAAGGAAUUCCAACCACUGAUGAUCUUCAGGACUUGACGACUGGUCAUGGAGCUGAGCAUUGGCUAAAAUGGAUCAACCGUGACACAGGCCGACGAAGUGAUGCAGCGCACGCUUACGUUCACAGCACCAGAGCUAAGCACUCAAACUUGCACCUGAAAUGCAACACCAAAGUGGACAGAAUCAUCAUCGAAGAUGGCCGCGCCGUAGGAGUUGUGACUAUGUCUACCAAGCCUCUGGAUGGCGGAGAACCAGUUCGCAGAAUCUUCCGAGCACGAAAGCAAAUUAUUCUAAGCUGCGGAACUCUCAGCUCUCCACUUGUGCUUCAGCGAUCGGGAGUCGGUGACCCAGAAAAGCUGCGCCAAGCGGGUGUCAAGCCCCUGGUGAAUCUUCCCGGAGUCGGACAGAACUUCCAGGAUCACUACCUGUUUUUCUCCGGUUACCGGGCAAAGCCCGAUGUUGAAUCCUUUGAUGAUUUCCUCCGAGGAGACCCAGCAGUUCAGAAGAAAGUAUUCGACGAGUGGAACUUGAAGGGAACCGGCCCCUUAGCAACGAAUGGUAUUGAAGCUGGUGUCAAGAUCCGUCCCACAGAGGACGAGCUGAACGAGAUGAAGAAGUGGCCAACACCAGAAUUUGGAAGUGGGUGGGAUUCUUACUUCAAGAACAAGCCUGAUAAGCCUGUUAUGCAUUAUGCGGUCAUUUCUGGAUGGUUCGGUGAUCAUAUGCUUAUGCCACCGGGCAAGUUCUUCACCAUGUUCCAUUUCCUGGAAUAUCCAUUCUCGCGCGGGUCUACUCAUAUCAAAUCCGCUGACCCAUAUGAGGAACCUGAUUUUGACACUGGUUUCAUGAGUGACAAGCGGGACAUGGCGCCUAUGGUCUGGGGAUACAUUAAAUCUCGUGAGACUGCUCGACGCAUGGGAGCAUAUGCUGGCGAAGUCACCUCAAUGCACCCUCAUUUCGCCUACAACUCUCCGGCUCGGGCGUGCGAUCUGGAUCUUGCGACCACAAAGGCUUACGCCGGGCCAAAUCAUAUCUCUGCUGGUAUUCAGCACGGUUCAUGGUCUGAGCCCUUGAAGCCAGGUCAAACGGCUUCAGCCUCAAGCUUAAACUCUAGCAGGCACGAGGCCCGGGAACCCCUUGAGUAUACAAAGGAGGAUAUUGAGCAUGUUGAGACGUGGGUUAAACGCCAUGUUGAGACAACCUGGCAUUCUCUUGGAACGUGCAGCAUGGCUCCACGCGAGGGCAGCGACAUAGCCAAGCAUGGAGGUGUUGUGGAUGAACGACUGAAUGUUCAUGGAGUCAAAGGACUCAAGGUUUGUGAUUUAUCUAUCUGUCCAGACAAUGUCGGCUGCAAUACCUUCAGUACUGCGCUGCUUAUUGGCGAGAAAUGCGCUAUGUUGGUUGCAGAGGAUUUGGGCUACUCCGGUGAUGCUUUGAAGAUGGAGGUGCCUGCCUAUCAUGCACCGGGUGAAUUUGCCAACCUCUCGAGGCUGUGA